CGUUUUAAUAUAAAAGCCGCGAGAGUUAUUAGCUAUCGGUACAGUUUGGUUACGAUUGGCCGCCAGUCUAGAAGCGUUCGGAGUGUAAUUUUGUGAUUCUAUUGAUAGACGGCUACUAGGAUUCGAGGAUUUGUGUGGAAUUUUUGUGCAAUAAUGCUCAAGUUCACCAUACUGGCCAGUAUUUUGGCGGCAGCGGCCUUAGGUUCGGAUGACCUCCAGGGAGCGGAAUCUGGCUGGAGUGGUUGGAGCUCCGGUGGCGGAGGCGGUGGCUAUGGAGGCGGUUACGGAGGAGGUGGCCAUAGUGGUGGCAGUGGCGGUGUGAUUGUUCUGUCAUCCGGAUCCGGCGGUGGGUGGCCAUCAUCAUCUGGCGGUUGGAGCCAGGGUGGAUCGGGAUGGCCAAGCAGUGGAUCCGGAUGGUCGAAAGGUGGAGGUUCCGGAUGGAACCUGGGAGGUGGAUCAUCCGGUGGUUGGCCGAAGGGUGGCGGUUCAGGAUGGAGCCAGGGUGGAGGAUUAGGCGGCGGCUGGUCCAACGGAGGAGGUUAUGCUAAGUCCUACAGCAACUUCAAUUCCGUUAACCAUGGAUCUGGUCGCAGUGUCGGCGGUGGUUGGCCGUCAGCUUCUUCCAGCGGAUGGUCAUCUGGGGCUUCUGCUUGGCCGUCGAGUAACGCCGGAUGGUCUGGAAGCACUGGAGGCUGGAGCAAGGGAGGAAGUGCCGGCUGGCCUAGCUCAUCGUCAGGCCGGAGCACCGGGGGUGGAAAUGGAUGGUCAUCGGGUGCAGGCAAAGGAUGGAGCACGGGUGGGCUCGGAGGAGGCUAUGGAGGUGGUUGGUCAUCUGGGGGUGGCUCCGGAGGGUGGGGCAACGGUGGUUCAUCCGGAUGGAAAAGCUGGUAGAAGCUAGCUCUCAUCUGUAAAGCCUUGAGUGACCUGUGUUCAAUGACAAUUCAAACAGUCGAAUCGUUACCUUAAUAACCAAACUCUGACAAAAUGUGCAACGACAGCGUCUUUUCAUUUGUAAAUAAGAAUUUCAUUACGGAAAAA